UUUUCCUUUGUGUGUUUUGGUUUCAUUAAUUUCUCCGGACGGCUGAAUUUUUCGAGAAGCAUUUUGAUUUGUUUUCUCGAUCGAGGAUGAGUCCUUCCCAUCUCCAUGAAGAUCCGCAGAGAGACCGCGUCAAGGGCAGCAGCCACCCUCCGCUGAAGAUCAGCAAGGACUUGCACUGCCCGAUGAAGAGGUCGUCGCCGUCCUCGUCCUCCUCAUCAUCGUCCUCGCAGCAGUCUUCCAUGUCGUCAACGUCAUCCUCAUCGGGAUCGGCCCUAAUCAACGGCUCAAGAUCAGGUGGCGGCCCGUCGAGGGGCCCUGGGGCCCACCAGCGCCAGCCUGUGAUCAUCUACACGCACUCGCCCAAGGUGAUCCACACUCAACCGCAGGAUUUUAUGGCCCUCGUGCAGAAGCUCACGGGGCUCUGCCACCCUGAGGACUCGGACGGGCAGCCCCCUCCGCAUCCCCAGUCGAAGAAGGAGCCCUCGUCGGACAAUCCGGACAAUAUUAAUAAGAACAAUUUCAGCCUGUUCGGUGGCAUUUCCAACGCCGAUGAGACUGAGGCAUCCUCAGUGAUCACCGAAGAGAAUAAUUCCAUCAACAUCGCUGAAAGCCAGGUGAUUAAUUCAACCUUUUUGCCGCCCCCAAUCUACGAAGGGCAUCCGAACCUGUACAUGACUAGCUUUCCGGUGUUCAACCCUAAUUCUUCACCAGAUUUCUUACGUCCGAACCAAUCUAAUUUCUAUAGCAGUUAUGGUGAUAGAUUGUAUUUUGGCCCUAACAUUCGGAGCACAUUCACAUCAACUCCAACAUUGGAGAUGAUAAUGAAUGAGCUUCGUGAAUGUUGAGGUUUUUGAUCUGAUCUUUGUUCUAGGAUAUAGAAGUACCUGUUUUUGUUGGAUUAUUUCCGAGCUUGUGCAAAUAAAAAGCCAGUUAUUUAUCGAAUAAAGUUUCUUCGGAAAACAUAUACGACAUCCCAUGUAGUCCUUAUUGAUAUUUAAUUUACAUUCAUUGUACUUUAGAAUUUUUAUGA